AUGGACGAGCGAAGGUUUAGCUUCGCACCCAAGGCUCAAGUGCCCGAGCAACUUUCACUUGGGAAGCAAAUUUGCCCUGACAAGAAAGUGGCGUUUCAAGAGCCGUCCCAUGAGAGCGAGCCCACCGACGAGAGCAAGAUGCAAGCCACGUACCUCGCUGACCGUCGCCUUUCCCUGACCCGCCGCGCCAUCGAAACCAAGAAGGAGCUGCGGCGCAAACGUCGAAACUUGAAGGAGAGUAGUGACUUUCUCGGUGUUCAAGGCUUCAACCCCAGGACGGGCACGGAGGACUCAUUGACUUCUUCAAGCACUGCCAAUAACGAAGGAAGCGGAGACGUCACCAGCGAGAAGGCAAAUGCCCCCCGGCAGGCUAAGCGCGAUAUCCUGAACAGCCGCAAGGAAACAAAAGCUCAACAAAAGUUCACGCAUGGCCCCUCGACUCCUUCCCGCCCAAACAAGGGCGUAACAUGGCGGCGACACACAAACGAAUGGUCAUCCAUACAGGAUCCAGGCGUCAGCCCGGUGGCCCAGUCGCCUCGCAGUGACCCAAACAACUCUCGUAGCAUACACAAUGGUGCCAGAGCCAACUUCUGA